GCUCCUCCCGCCGCGGCGCCUGCUGCAGCAGUGACAGGAGAGCCGGGCCGGGUGGCUGAGAGGAAGUGCAGUGUCGCCGGGCCGAGCCUGUCUCCGCCGAAGCCGGCUCCCCCCGGCUGCUCGGGUGACAGCGUCGCGGCCGCCGCGCAUAGCGCGGAGCACGCGCCGGGCAGAGCCGAGCGCCAGGUAGAGGCUUCAGCAGGGACGCGGGGAAAAUGGCUGAUGACUUUGGCUUCUUCUCGUCGUCAGAGAGCGGGGCUCCGGAGGCACUUGAGGAGGACCCAGCGGCUGCCUUUCUAGCCCAGCAGGAGAGCGAGAUCGCAGGCAUAGAGAAUGAUGAGGGCUUCGGGGCUCCUGCCCGCAGCCAGCUGGCCUCGGCGCAGCCGGGACCUGCGAGUGGGGCUGGUUCUGAGGACAUGGGGACCACUGUCAAUGGAGAUGUGUUUCAGGAGGCCAAUGGUCCUGCCAAUGGCUAUGCUGCGAUUGCACAGGCUGACAGGCUGACUCAGGAGCCUGAGAGCAUCCGCAAGUGGAGAGAGGAACAGAGGAAACGGCUGCAGGAGCUGGAUGCUGCCUCUAAGGUGACUGAACAGGAGUGGCGGGAGAAGGCUAAGAAGGACCUGGAGGAGUGGAACCAGCGCCAGAGUGAACAAGUCGAGAAGAACAAGAUCAACAACCGGGCAUCUGAGGAAGCUUUUGUGAAGGAAUCCAAGGAAGAGACUCCAGGCACAGAGUGGGAAAAGGUGGCCCAGCUUUGUGACUUCAACCCCAAGAGCAGCAAGCAGUGCAAAGACGUGUCCCGCCUGCGCUCGGUGCUCAUGUCCCUGAAGCAGACACCACUGUCCCGUUAGGUGCCUGUCAUAAGCACAGCCACAAGGCAUGGGCCAGGUCUGGGCAGAGGAGGGGCAGCUGCUUUGGCCGUGGUGGAAACUUUCUCCAGCAGCUGCUACACACAGCCUAUUCUAUUCCUCUCCACCUCCUGGGGCUGGGAAGGGGGACCCUCACCCCUCUCACCCCUCACUCCCAUCUGGCCCUGUGGCCUAGUCCUUCACGCCUUUUCUCAGUCCACUCAAUUGUGACUGUCCUCCUGAUGUAUUUUUUUUUUUUUGACUUAAAGGAUGUGUUAACUCUUUUUACACUUAUUUAUUAUCAUUUUCAUUUCUCUGGAAGCCA